AUGGCCAUGCUGCUGUUUCUGGUGCUGCUCAAACUCAUCCCUGCAUACUGUCUGGAUUUUGUUCAGGGCCGGAUUGUUGGUGGAUAUUCCCCAUUGCCAAAUGCAAUCAAAUACAUAGUGUCAUUGCAGAGCUCGAAGGGCCAGCACUUCUGUGGAGGAUCUCUGGUCCAUAAGUACUGGGUGCUUACAGCUGCUCAUUGCAAUAUCGGGAUGGAUCAGAUGAUGGUGGUGGCUGGAGAUUAUACUCUGGGUGCAAAUGAGGGGACGGAGCAAUACUCCAAACCUCUGAUGCUUAUCCCGCACCCGCUGUACAACAGGAGCACCAAUAAUGCAGAUAUUAUGCUCAUAAAGCUCAGUGCACCUAUAGAGCUGAACAGGUAUGUGUCCCUCGCGCCGCUGCCCAAACAGAACACCGGUCUGCUGGCAGGACGAAUGUGUCGGGUGUCAGGAUGGGGCUCCACCAGCCACAGCGGAGGUCUGAUCCCGCUCACCUUGCGCACUGUCAGACUCCCCAUCGUCUCCACAUUUAAGUGCAACAGCAGCAGCUCCUUCAGCGGAAACAUCACUGCUAAUAUGAUCUGUGCCGGCUCCAGUACUGGGGGGAAAGAUGCCUGUAAGGGUGACUCUGGAGGGCCGCUGGUGUGUGAUGGACGUGUUUACGGUCUGGUUUCUUGGGGAAAUGGAUGUGGAGAUCCUCGUUUUCCAGGGGUUUAUACAGCCGUGUCCCGAUUCCGCAGGUGGAUUGACCAGACUAUAUACAGCACAUAUGCACGAUGCCUUAAAUCAGCUGGCCUUUUUGGCAAAGACUAGACUUCUGUG